AUGGUUCCUCAUGAAACUAAGAAGAAAAUAGAUGGUCCCACUAACAAGUCAAAGGUAACCUCACUGCCAUCCGAUAUUUGUUGUCGCUUUUCUCUAGUCGAGAUCAGAGUGGCUAGUAGCAACUUUGAUCAUCAACGUAUCAUUGGACUUGGAGGAUUUGGUAACGUGUAUAGAGGAUACAUUGAUGAUCAGACUACCACAGUGGCAAUCGAAUGGCUAAAAUCGAUGUCGAAACAAAGGGCCCACGAGUUUAAGACCGAGAUUGAGAUGCUCUCAAAGCUACGACAUGUUAAUCUCGUGUCUUUGAUUGGUCACUGCGACGAUGAAAGUGAGAUGAUACUUGUUUAUGAGUACAUGGCCUAUGGGACCCUCCGUGAUCACCUGUACCAAACUGAGAACCCUUCCCUUCCAUGGAAGCAACGCCUCCAGAUUUGUAUUGGUUCAGCCCGAGGGUUGCAUUACCUCCACACGGGUGCGAAGCACAUGAUCAUUCACCGUGACGUGAAAUCAACCAAUUUACUUCUAGACGAGAAAUGGACGGCCAAGGUUUCGGAUUUCGUGUUGUGCAGGAUGGGUCCCACAGAUUCGUUAAACAGCCACGUCUCCACCGGCGUGAAUGAUUGUUUUGGUUACUUAGAUCCGGAGUAUUGUCGGAGGCAGCAGCUGACUGAGAAAUCCGACAUGUACUCGUUUAGAGUGGUGCUACUGGAAGUGCUCUGUAGCAGGCCUGCAUUGGGCCAAAGCCUACCCAAGGAGCAAGUGGGCUUAUCAAAUUGGGCUCUGACAUGCUAUAGAAAUGGGGCCGUUGAUCAGAUUAUGGACCCAAAACUAAUGGAGCAGAUUGCACCGGUUUGUUCGAAAAAAUUUGUAGAGAUCGCAGUGAGUUGUGUUGAUGAUGAAAGAAUCAAACGGCCUUCAAUGGAGCAUGUGGCGGGGGGUCUCGAGUUUGCGCUACAGCUACAAGAGACUGCUGAGAAGUGCAUCGAUGGUGAAGAUGAUCAUGUGACGGCCCAGAACACCCGCAUAUGA